CCCCUCCCGGCCCGGCCCGGGGAGCCGGUGCCCAGCGCGGGGCCCCUGCUCCGAGCGCGGCCGCUCCGAGCGCAGCCCCGCGGGGCAGCUCUCACCGGCAGCAUGCCGCUCGCCCAGCUCGCCGAGCCCUGGCCCAACAUGGAGCUGGUGCCGCUGGACACGGAGAAUGGGCAGGCAGCUCCAGAAGAAGGUGGGAAUCCUCCAGCCAAGGCAAAGUCAGACAUCCCUUGGAUAGAGAAGGACCUGGUGGAGCCAGCAGACAAGGGUGAAGGUGUUGUGAAAGAAAUCAACAUCACACACCACGUGAAGGAAGGCUCCGAGAAAGCUGAUCCCUCCCAGUUUGAGCUCCUGAAGGUGCUGGGCCAGGGCUCCUUUGGCAAGGUUUUCUUGGUGAGGAAAAUAACCCCACCAGACAGCAACCACCUCUAUGCCAUGAAAGUGCUCAAGAAGGCAACUCUGAAAGUGCGUGACCGAGUGAGGACGAAGAUAGAAAGGGACAUCCUGGCUGAUGUCAACCAUCCCUUCGUGGUGAAACUCCACUAUGCAUUCCAGACCGAGGGGAAGCUGUACCUCAUCCUGGAUUUCCUCAGAGGAGGUGACCUCUUCACUCGCCUUUCCAAGGAGGUGAUGUUCACUGAGGAGGAUGUGAAGUUCUACCUGGCAGAGCUGGCUCUGGGGCUCGACCAUUUGCACAGCCUGGGAAUCAUCUACAGGGACCUCAAACCAGAGAACAUCCUCUUGGAUGAGGAAGGGCACAUCAAGCUCACAGAUUUCGGCUUGAGCAAGGAGGCCAUAGACCACGAGAAGAAAGCCUACUCCUUCUGUGGCACCGUGGAGUACAUGGCACCAGAGGUGGUGAACCGCCAGGGCCACUCCCACAGCGCUGACUGGUGGUCCUACGGCGUGCUGAUGUUUGAGAUGCUGACUGGCUCGCUGCCCUUCCAGGGGAAGGACAGGAAGGAGACCAUGACUCUCAUCCUCAAGGCGAAGCUGGGCAUGCCGCAGUUCCUGAGCGCCGAGGCGCAGAGCCUCCUGCGAGCCCUCUUCAAGCGCAACCCAGCCAACAGACUAGGUUCUGGACCAGAUGGGGCAGAGGAAAUCAAACGCCAUCCCUUCUACUCCACCAUCGACUGGAACAAGCUGUACCGCAGGGAGAUCAAACCUCCCUUCAAGCCUGCCGUGGGGCAGCCGGAUGACACCUUCUACUUCGACACAGAGUUCACCUCACGGACACCAAAAGACUCCCCAGGCAUCCCCCCCAGUGCAGGAGCACACCAGCUCUUCCGAGGCUUCAGCUUCGUGGCCACAGGACUGAUGGAGGAUGGCAAAGUGAAGCCUGCCCAGCCCCCCCUGCACUCUGUGGUACAGCAGCUGCAUGGCAAGAAUGUGCAGUUCAGUGAUGGCUACGUGGUGAAGGAGGCCAUCGGCGUUGGCUCCUACUCGGUCUGCAAGCGCUGCGUGCACAAAGCCACCAACAUGGAGUACGCCGUCAAGGUCAUCGACAAGAGCAAGAGAGACCCUUCUGAGGAGAUCGAGAUCCUGCUGCGGUACGGACAGCACCCAAACAUCAUCACCCUGAAAGAUGUGUACGACGAUGGGAAGUUCGUGUACCUGGUGACUGAGCUGAUGAGGGGAGGAGAGCUGCUGGACAAGAUCCUCAGACAGAAGUUUUUCUCUGAGAGGGAAGCCAGUUCAGUGCUGCACACCAUCUGUAAGACAGUGGAGUAUCUGCACUCCCAAGGGGUGGUUCACAGGGACCUGAAGCCCAGCAACAUCCUCUACGUGGACGAGUCAGGGAACCCCGAGAGCAUUCGCAUCUGUGACUUCGGCUUUGCCAAGCAGCUGAGGGCUGAGAACGGCCUCCUCAUGACCCCCUGCUACACAGCAAACUUUGUGGCACCCGAGGUGCUGAAACGCCAAGGCUACGACGAGGGCUGUGACAUCUGGAGCCUGGGGGUGCUCCUCUACACCAUGCUGGCAGGCUGCACUCCGUUUGCGAAUGGCCCCAGCGACACUCCAGAAGAGAUCCUGACCCGCAUCGGCGGGGGGAGGUUCUCCGUCAGCGGAGGCAACUGGGACACGAUUUCUGACAUGGCCAAGGAUCUGGUGUCCAAGAUGCUCCACGUGGAUCCUCACCAGCGCCUCACAGCCAAGCAGGUCCUGCAGCACCCCUGGAUAACCCAGAAGGACAGCUUGCCCCAGAGCCAGCUGAACCACCAGGACCUCCAGCUUGUCAAGGGGGCCAUGGCUGCCACCUACUCUGCACUGAACAGCUCCAAGCCAAGCCCCCAGCUGAAGCCCAUCGAGUCCUCCAUCCUGGCACAGAGGAGGGUGAAGAAGCUUCCUUCCACCACACUGUGACACUGAGAUGCUCUGCAGCCCACAGCACGGGGCAAGCACAGCCCAGAGCCCUGGGGACAGGGCAGGAGAUGGUUGAUCGAUGCCUGCCCAGGAGCUCCCUCGAGGACCUGUUCUCAAAAGGCCAAGUGCCUUCUGAAAGCCUGGCUGCUCCCUGCCUGGACUGACCUUUGGGAGAGUUUCACUGGAGGACCUUUAGGAAGUGUAAAUUGUUGAUUUUUAGAGACCCUCAGCUGUGUAUAUCAGACCCAGAAUGGGACUGGUGUCAAGUGGCACUCAAAAGCAGCCCUGCUUCACCCUCCCCUGCCUAGGGCCAGACGUUUGCUGUUGCUGCAUCACUGCUGGGAGCUGAUCCUCUCCAAUGCCAUCACAGCUGGAAGACUGCACAACAUCUGGGGUUCAGGCUCUGGGCUUUUUCCUCCCUGGAACCUUUGGGUGCCCUUCCCAAAGUCAGCCCUGCAGACUCCCAGCCAGCAGCUCCGGUGUCUGCAAAGGCCCUUCCCUCACCUCCCCUCUUUGUCUUUUGUGUUUGGAGCACCAGCUCUGCUCUUCAGACUCUGUUUUCUGCUGUCUCCUGCCCUCCCCCAGCCCAGCCAGGACUUCUUUUCCAACCCCCCCUUAGAUACUCUUCUUUGGCUCAUUCCUUCCCUCUGCCCUCCCAUCCUCCCCAUCGCUCCCAGGAGGGGAUGGCAGAGGAACCUCCUCAGCGGAGCUGAGGCUUCAGCCUGGCUCUGGCUGCUGCUUUUACUGGGGUU